ACUCAUCGCCUAAAAAGAUAGAUCUCGACCUUAUCUAUAAAACCAUGCUGAAACAAUUCAAGGAUGUCAAAGACACACAAUCGCACAUUAUGAAACGACUGGAUAAUAUGGAGGCGGAGAAAGAAAAACUUGUUGAAAACCAGAUAGCUAUGCAAGAGAGCCUUACGUCGUUCCAAAACGAGGUUAAAAGCGAUUUCCAGAAUUUUGAAGAAAAAUACGACGAGGAGAUUAGAAAAAUCCGAAAACUAAAUAAUUUGGUGGUGAUGGGGAUCCCUGAAACAAAUGACGGACAAAAACUUCUCACGGACCUUCUUAAAAUCAUCUACCCCACUUCUUACACCUCUCUUAAACUUGAUGAAAGGAUAGGACAGCUCACCACAUCAUCUCUACGACCGGUCAGGCUACGCUUUAGUAGCGCAACGGAAAGACAGUUAGCUCUGGACAAUUGCAAAAAUCUAAAGGGAUUAGUCCAAUUCGACAAAAUAUCUGUCAAAAAAGAUCUCACAAGGAAACAACAAGAACUCAAACAAAACUCCAGGACUCCAGUACAAACAAGAUCUCGUAGCUCACAUAAGCGACCGGCAGAUGAUCACGCGUCCGGAAUUCAAUUUCCAACACAAAAGCAGCGAAGAACCAGAAACUCCGACCCUGGAAGUCACAUGGACACACAGUGAAACUCAUCUAUACAUUUUAAUCACCAAACACCAUUAAUAAUAGGACACCUAAAUGUAAAUUCUAUCCGAAACAAAAUAUUCUUAAUUUCUGACUUCCUGCAUGAACAUAAAAUCGAUAUUUUUUGCAUGACUGAGACAAAGGUUUACUCAAAUAUUAAAAUAAUGAAUAUUCCAGGUUAUGAAAUAAUCCGUAGAGACAGAACUGGAUCAGGAGGCGGUGUAGCAAUUAUCUACAAAUCGUAUGUGAAGUGUAAGAUGUUGGAGACGAGUACUAUUACUAAUGAUGAAUCCAAGAUUGAGCUACUCUCGUGUAAAUUCCAAAUCGGCAUGAGAAAAUCAUUCAUUGUUUCUGUUUUAUACCGACCUAAAUUUAAUUUGACUUUAAGUGAUAUUGACUUUUUUGAAUCAAUUAUAUCCGACCUCAAACUAUUUAAAUGCAACUUCUUUAUCUGUGGUGACUUUAAUAUACAUUUAGAAAAUACUUGCUCACCAAAUGUUAAAAAAUUUAAUCGACUACUUCUCAGACAUAGCCUACGCGAGCUAGUACAAACUCCAACGAGGCAAGGAGCAAGACUCGACCUUAUUUUGACCAAUGAUGACGACAUAAGCAUCACAGCAAAGACAUGUCAACCGCUGGUGUCCGAUCAUGACGCAACCUUUAUAAACGAUACUCAGCUAGUUAUCGCGGGACCGGUACAUAUGCUCCCCUAUCUUAUUCAUAAACUCAAAUCCGACCUACUUGCAAUACUUGAGUGGAUGGACAAAAAUGGAAUGACAUUAAACUUGGACAAAACACAAUUUAUCCUGAUAGGUAGCACGUCAAAUUUAAAUAAGGUCGGUGUGGUUGAAUUUGAAGUGAAUGGUAUUGUUAUCAAAAGUCAAAAUGAACUGAAAAGUCUCGGACUCAUCAUUGAUUCAAAGCUUUCCUGGUCGAAGCAUAUAAAUAGCAUUUCAAGACGGUUUCAUAUGGUUGCUACAUCACUGUAUCCGCUAAAAAAGGUCAUGAGCCAAAGUAGUUAGAUCCUCAUAUUUCAAGCAUGCUUAAUUUCAUUGUUCAACUAUAUGGUUAUUAUUUGGGGAUCAAGCUGCGCUGUAAAUUUAAAAUGUCUAGAAAUGUCAAUUCGUCGUACGGCCAGAUUUAUUCUAAAUGUAAAGAAGUAUGAUUCUGUCAGUAAAAA